CCCACCAGGAGGGGGCGUGGCUUCCCUGAGAGCGCGUCCUGGCCUCCCCCGUCCUCGGCGGGGCAGCCCAAUCAGGCGCGUUGUCCUGGUGACGUCAUGGAGCGAGGAGCCAAUGCGGGCGCCGUGCCCGUCUCCCCCCGACGGUUGCCGCACCUCUGACGUCACUGAGCGGCCCCGGAAGUCCGGAGCCCCAGUUUCCCCCGGCUCGGCCGUUACGGGGCCCGGACGCCGGGGGGUCAUGAGCCGGAAGCGACCCCGGCUGAUCCCCGACACCUUCGGGCCCAAGCGGCAGCGGCGGCGGCAGGAGAACGGGGCGGAGGAGGAGCCGCGGGGCUGCCACGUGACCCCUGUCCCCCCAACAGCAGGCCCGGGCGCCGUGCGGGGGGCGUUGCGGGAGCUGGGCGGCCUCUUCCCCCGCCGCCUGUUCGAGGACGCGCUGCCCCCGAUCGUGCUGAAGAGCCAAAUCUACAGCCUCGUGCCCGACCGGACGGCGGCGGACCGGCAACUGAACGAGCUGCGGGAGCAGGGGGAGGUCCGGCUGUUCCAGCUGGGAUUCGACGCCGAUGCCCAGGGGAUCGUCUUCACGGAGGACUUCAAGGCGAAGGCAUUGGUGGCGUCUGGGGGGCGGAAAUGUGAGGGGACGGUGAAGCGCUUCCUGGACUCGGUGCUCCCGGCCUGUGGGGACCUCAGCUUCCAGCAGGAGCAGAUGGCCCAGACUUUUGGCUUCCGAGACCAGGAGAUCACGCAGCUGGUGAAUGCCGGAAUCCUGACCGUGCGGGACGCCGGGAGCUGGUGGCUGGCAGUGCCCGGGGCCGGGAGAUUCGUCAAGGUUUUUGUCAAAGGGCGCCAGGCAGUGCUGGGGAUGGUGCGGAAGGCGCGGUACCGGCAGCUGCUCCUGGCGGAAGUCCUGUCCCGGCGGCGGGCCCCGGCCACCGUGCCCCUGGGCCUGGCCUACCACGUCCACGACCUCAUCGGGGCCCAGCUGGUAGACUGCGUCCCCACCACCUCCGGGACCCUCCUCCGCCUGCCAGAGACGUGAAGGACGUUCUGACCCGCGGACCCUCCCCAUCCCGCCCCCCGGGGCACUGGGCCUCGGGGGACCUCAGGGGAGCCGCACGUGCCCCUUCCCGGAGACUGGAGACUGCGGGUGGAGCAAGCGGAGGUGGCGGGAGCACUUUCAGCGGGCAGGGCAAAGCAGGGCAGAGGGCCCCCCGGGGCGGCUUGGAAGAAGUCUGGCCACGGAGCCUCUUGGGCCCCGUGAGGCCGAGCCCCUCGAGGCCGGGGCCGGGGUUGGCGGGGCCUAGCAGAGGCCCGGAUGGGGUCCGGGCCGUGCAGAUGUGUGGAUUGAGCUUUGCGUGCAGGGUUGGGGUCACACUCUCUCUCUCUCUCUCCCCCUCCCCUUGGUUUGGGAUCAGCCCAAUAAAGUCCUCC